UGAAACACCGCCAUGUUUGAAUGAAACUGGCGGUGAGUUCAAACUCAGCUGGCCAGGUCUGGGUGAAGCGGGUGAGAUGGAAACAUUGGGAAAGUGAAAUAAGCAGUAAUAAAGCUCAGUUGAAGGUUUGGCUGUGAGGAAGAGGAUGUUGAGGAGGAGCAGCAGCAGCAGGAGCAGCAGGAGCAGCAGCAGUGCUAAAGCCUCAGCCAGGCGCAGGAGCAGCAGCACUGUGCGCUUUGAUGAGUUUGGUUUCGCCUUCAGUAAGAGGAGAGAGAGGAAACUGCAGCACAGAUCCCAUGAUUACAGCUAUCCUCAGCCGAAUGCGGUUAAAGUUAAAGAGCUGUGUGAACUGCUCAGCUAUUGGAAUGGAUCCAGUUUCAUUUGCAGAAAUCAGAUUGAACGCUUUAUCCGUAUUGGCAUUCCUCCUACGCUGCGUGGCCGUGUGUGGAAGUGUCUGCUGGACAUCGAGGCUGUUCAAGUGGCCAGUGAUUUCAACUACCAGGUGUGUCUGAGUGAGAUCCGGAAGCCUCUGGUGGACCUCAGUGUGAGCGAGUACAGCAUCAUUUCAGCCAUCAGCACGCUGGGCGAGAGAGAGAACGAGCUGGGCUCAGCUACUGUAGGCUCACUCAGCGUCGAAGUGGCUCUCUUCAGACAGAUCGCUCUGGACCUGCAGAGGUCUUUUCCAACACACCGCUCUCUAAUGGGCGACACUCCUGAAGCCAUCGAGGGUCAGGCCAAGCUUUUCCGAGUGCUCACUGCGUACGCCAAAUAUAACCCUCAGAUUGGGUACAGCCAAGGGAUGUCGUACAUUGCUGCCGUCUUACUCAUGCUUCUCAGCGAGGAGGAAGCUUUCUGGGCUUUGGUGGUGCUGCUUGAAAAACCUAAAUACCUGUCUGAGCUGUUUGACUCCUCACUCAAGCAGAUCCAACAUCAAGCGCUGGUGUUUCAGCAGCUACUAAAGCACAGGAAGCCUCAAGUAUUCCAGCACCUGGAGAAACUGGGCGUGUCCUCAGUGCAUUUCAUCAUGCAGUGGUUUCUGACUCUCUUCACCUCUCUCCCAUGCUGGGACUCAGUGCUGGCAAUCUGGGAUCUCUUUCUGCUGCACGGCAUGGUGGUGGUGUUUCGUGCUGGUUUAACCGUCCUCCAGCUGCUGGAGUCUCGUCUCAUGAGUAUGACGGAGGAGGCGGCUGUGCUGCCUGUUCUGCUGCGUGUUCCUGUAGACGUCUCUCAGUACCACAUCCUGAUUCCAGCUUUAUGGAGCACAGAGGUGCAGGAGUGGGAGAUCAAGUGCAUGAACAGGCUCAUACUGGAGGAUACUGAUGAGGGUCAUGAUACAGAGGAAACCAGCAAGAACAGUCCCGUGUCUCUCAGCUGUGAAGAACAGAAAGAGCAGAGAGCUGAUGAGGAGAGGAAAGAACCUUCUGGAAAAGAGGCUGUAGGCUCAGGAGGGAGGAAUGUGUUUGCACGCAUGCUGAAAGCGGCGCAGCGCUACCUGGCAGACACGACCAAGGCCAUGGCCUCUCCUGGGGAAAGCAGCUCAGCAGCAGCUCGCCUGCCGAAGAAGAGAGCGUCUACUUCCUUCAGCCUGACACGGAGAAGGAAGAGCCAAAGCCGGCAAUCCCAGAAUGCAUCUGUGGCCAGAAAGGGACCAUUUAUCCUCCAGGAUGCUGAUGGAGGUGCAACAGAGGACAGUGCAUCGUUGCCCCUCCGGAGGCUGCGUUCGGGUCCCGUGGGUCGAGUGGCACGCAGACGCAGCAGUGUCCAGUCCACCCGGGUCAGAUCUGUCAUACAUCGGACUCACAGAGGUACGGCCCAGUGUCUCACCAGCCCCAUCCCAAACUCCUCCCGCUCUAAACCAGGCCGAGACGAGGCUAGCGUGGAGCGUCAGGAAUCCCCACACAGGAUCCCGUCUCCAGGACGCACUCCACUGACCGAGAUCGUCAUCGGUUCCAGUCCAAGCAUCCAGAUACGGGAGUCUCAGCUGAUCUGAGGGACACGGAGGAGUUUAGUCAUCUCUGAGUGAGCACUACACAGAGCGCUAAACCGGAUGAUGCUGGAUUUUAAAACCUUGAUCCAGAUCUUAGUCUUAAUAACCAUCCAAACUGUCGGUACAGCUCAUCGUUUAUACACAUGAUCAUGGCCGUGGAGUGAGAAAUCAUCACAGCACUGAGAAAACUAAAUGUAACAUUUAACACAGUUAUAGGAUAUUAUACAGUAUACUGUAUAUUUAUUAAUUAUAACCUCAUAAUUAUAAACACUACAUAAUAGUACACACUCAAAAACUAAGUUUUAAUCUGAGCAGUUGAUGCAGUAGCGUCUGUAAUUCUUAUGCCACUUGUUGGAAGUUAAUGUUUUAUGAUGAUCUUUGGAGUUACUUGAGAUAAUAAAAGAUGAAUGAGCCACUUUAUGGCCUCUCAUUAUUAAUUGAUGCUAAUGUCUUGGCUUUGGGUUGCCUCUGCAGUCAUGUCUGUAGUGAGGGAUUCCAUGAUUACGGUGUCAUUCAGCCACUGUAACUCUUCAAAACUGCACUUUGUAAAUAUUGAAUCUAAAAAAACAUGCAGUUAAACAUUGAAAAAGUGUCUUAAUCCAUCUCCAGCAACAUCAUCUCAACGUUUUUAUAAAGUUUCUCUGCUGGCAGGCUGCAUUUUGCUCUUAAAUGUGUAACAGGUGUUGAGUUUUUUUAGCAUAAGAUUAGCAAACACAAAUUGUUGUUAACUAGCUUCCAUGCUUAUGACACAAGGACAUUACUGACAUUCUAAUGAUUUACUUAAAAUUAUUAUUUUGAAUUAAUAAUUUACUUUCAGUCUAUAAUUUGUGUAAGUGUUGUACUUUCAAAGUUGUACUUUCAUCAGGCAAUAUCGCAAUAUCAUUGAAAAUAAAG